UAUCUCUGUACUGUUGACGUCCUCAGCCACCGUGUCUGCUAGAUGCGGCGAUUCCAAGGGGAAGGGGCUUCGGUGUGUGCGGCCGGGGGCCUGUCCUGGAGGUGGGGGACACUCUGCCUCCUGGGGCUGUUCUAGUAACAACAAACUGAACUCAUGAAGCAUCUCUUUUGAGGCCUGGCUUGUGAGAAUCUGCAGCCAUGGACUUCCCGGCGUCACCCCGCAGAGUAGCCGCCCGCCGAGGGUUCUUUUCACAGUACACACCUCAUCAUCUGGUGGUCUUCCUUCUGACAUUUUUCAGCUAUGCUCUGCUCCAUGCAUCGAGGAAAGCCUUCAGUAACGUAAAGGUCAGCAUAAGUAACCAGUGGACGCCAUCCGACCUAAACACCUCAGUGUUCAAUUUGGACCCUAAUAGGACCUGGAAUGGCAACAGUCUCUUUCCCAAUCAUGAUUCCGCCACCAUCUUUCUGGGUUUACUGGACACCAUUUUCCUCUUUUCGUAUGCAGUGGGUCUCUUCAUCAGUGGCACCAUCGGCGACCGGUUAAACAUGCGCUAUGUCCUUACUUUUGGCAUGUGCUUGUCUGCAGUAACGAUGUUUGUAUUCGGCACCGUCACUGAAUGGCUGCACUUCUACAACAAGAUCUUCUACUGCCUGAUAUGGGUGAUUAAUGGACUGCUGCAGUCGACAGGAUGGCCCUGUGUGGUGGCAGUCAUGGGGAACUGGUUUGGAAAGUCAGGACGAGGAGUAGUGUUUGGAUUGUGGAGCGCCUGUGCUUCUGUUGGAAAUAUUUUGGGGGCGUUCCUAGCAUCAUCGGUACUACGAUACGGGUAUGAGUAUGCCUUCCUGGUGACCGCUUCGGUGCAGUUCGCUGGAGGGUUGAUUAUCUUCUUUGGUCUGGUGACCACGCCGAAAGAACUGGGUCUUCCUGAUGCUGGGGAAGAGGAGAGUGAGAAUGUGGAACAGGAGGAGGAGGCAAACAGACCUCUCAUCAGUGGGGAUAAUGAGGGGGACAGCGAGUCAAGUUAUUCCAUCCAAGCUCCUGAGACUGCCAGUCAACCCAAAGCGAUCGGCUUUGUACAGGCCUGCUGCUUGCCUGGAGUAUUACUGUAUUCUCUGGCCUACGCCUGUCUGAAGUUGGUCAACUAUUCCUUCUUUUUCUGGCUCCCCUUCUACCUAAGCAUUAACUUUCACUGGAAGGAGGCUGAGGCCGACCAGCUGUCUAUCUGGUAUGACAUUGGAGGAAUCGUAGGUGGCACUAUCCAGGGCUUUAUCUCUGACUUGAUGGAGAAGAGGUCUCCUGUCCUGGCCAUAAGUCUGCUGCUUGCCGUGGGCUCUCUGUUUGGAUACAGCCGCUCUCCAAACAGUAAGCCGAUCAACGCUGUCCUCAUGGCUAUUACAGGCUUUUUCAUCGGGGGUCCCUCAAACAUGAUAAGUUCUGCGAUCUCUGCGGAUCUUGGCCGUCAGGAGAUGGUAAGAGGUAGCAGCGAGGCUCUGGCCACAGUCACCGGCAUUGUGGAUGGAACAGGCAGCGUUGGAGCCGCUUUAGGCCAGGUCCUGGUGUCUGUGAUACAGGGCAGCUUGGGCUGGAGCUGGGUCUUCUAUUUCUUCAUCCUUAUGACCUUACUGUCCAUCGUCUUUAUCAUUCCACUCAUUGUCCGAGAAAUGAGAUCAGCGGUGAGGAACAGGCGGACGUCUCGGCUGGCAGGGUGACAAUUACUUCCAAUGACUGAUGUCAAUACCAAUAAAAGACUGGAAACCUUAUUGAAAAGGUGAAGUCAAAGCGUGCAGACAGGAACAGGAGGAGGGACUGCAAGUUUGGGAAGCCAUUUCCUGAAACGGUUCAUUGGAAAAUUAUUUGAAUUCUUUUCUUUUUAUUUUAUAAUUUUUUUUUAUAUAUUAUUCCUCAUGUUUUAAUCUUGCUGUCUAUGGAUCAGACAAUGGAUCGUACAGUCCGGUGAUGAUGAGGAUUAUUUUGGAUCUAGUUUCAGUAAAGAAAGGUUGGCAGUUGUACACUACAUAUAACACAAUAUACAACCAACUUCUGAUUUAAUGAAAUCAGAUUUAGGCCUCAUGCACAAGAAAGUAUUUUCUUUCCGUGUCCGUUCCGUUU